UCUUCUUUGCGUUUGUAAGCCAUGAAGUUUUAAAGAUGGCGUCGGAUCCAGGCGAGCCCCUGUACUGCAUCUGCCGGCAGCCUUACGACGUCACACGCUUCAUGAUCGAGUGCGACGUCUGUGAAAACUGGUUCCACGGAAGUUGUGUGGGAGUAGAAGAGCACCAGGCAGCAGAUAUAGACAAGUACCACUGUCCCAACUGUGCCAAGGUUCACGGGCCACUCGUCUUGAAGAGAAGGAGAAACUGGCAUCGACACGACUAUUCAGAAAUAGACAGUGGUUCUAAGGCCGUGCAGACGGGAACGGUCGUCUUCAUCAAGGAGCUGAGGAACCGCACCUUUCCAAGUGCUGACGAGGUUCUGUUGAGGUUAUCGGGCCAUGAGUUGACUGUAGACUACCUGGAGAAAAACGGGUUCUCGGUACCCCUACUGGUGCCUCGUAAGGAUGGGCUGGGGCUGGUGGUGCCCCCGCCUACCUUCUCCAUCAGCAAUGUGGAGGAAUAUGUCGGUUCCAUGCGAGAGAUAGAUGUGAUUGACGUGUGUCGACAGGAGGACCAUCGCAUGUUGUUACGGGAGUGGACAGAGUACUACAACUCUCCCAACAGGAGCAAGGUUCUCAACGUCAUCAGUCUUGAGUUCUCUAAAACAAGGUUAUCAGAUCUAGUGAGGCCUCCCCAUGUUGUGAGACAGAUGAGCUGGGUAGAUAACUACUUCCCUGAGCAGCUACCAGAAGACUGUCCUUACAGCCGCCCGUAUGUCUCCAAGUACUGCCUCAUGGGAGUUAAGGACUCCUACACAGACUUCCACGUCGACUUCGGGGGAACUUCUGUAUGGUACCAUGUCUUAAGGGGAGAGAAGAUAUUUUACCUGAUCCGGCCGACACCGACUAACCUGGGUCUGUAUGAGCGAUGGGCUUCUUCCUCCAACCAGAGCGAGAUGUUCUUCGGAGACCAGGUCGACUCAUGUUACAAACUGGUGGUCAAGCAGGGACAGACGCUCUUCAUUCCUACAGGUUGGAUCCAUGCAGUUCUAACUCCGGUCGACUCUCUCAUCUUUGGUGGAAACUUCCUACACAGCUACAACAUGGGCAAACAGCUACAAGUUUAUGACAUGGAGAAGAGACUAAAAACCCCGGAGAAAUUCCUGUUUCCCUACUUUGAAGCCACAAACUGGUAUGCAGCCAAAAACAUCAUGGAGACACUCAAGGAGUAUAACGAGGACUUGCGAGUUCCCCCUCGGUACCUGUUAGACGGGGUUCACUCACUCCUCACCGCACUCAGGAGCUGGACUUCUCGCAAGGAGUUUCUGAAGAGCCACAAGGCAGAGGUGCCUGAGGUUGUCCAUCACACCAAACUCAUCAAGGACCUGGCCAGGGAGCUGAAGACUGCUGAGGUGGGGGGAACGGCUUACAAUACACUAAACGUGAAGCCAGCUAAGGCAGAAAAGAAGAAAAAAUCCAAGGAGAAACCUUCCAAGGGGAAGAGUAAGAAAGCCAAGACCACCCUGGUACAAGAAGCCAACCUGGACCUCUUAGAACAGUUCACACAGAACAAACUACAGGAGAUCUCUCAUACUAAGGAAGCCAUGCCAUCGCUGAAGGUUCGUAUCCCCAAGGCCGGUGCCUUCAUCCCUCCUGCUACAUCUACUCCUGCCACAACAGCCAACACCAACAUCACAACAGAUGGGAAAGGACUCAAACUGGUGCUCUCUAAUGGAAAAAUUGUCAGCGGUGAGUCCGGCCAGCGUCAGCAGGGCAGAGUAGGAGAGUUCCAGCCUCUGGUGAUGAAGGAUGACUCCAGUGACGAAGAAACUUUGGUUAUCAGCGAUGAACCUCUCUCAGCCAGCUCAGGCAAACUCAGACUCAAACUCUCAUUUAAUGGCAGGACUAAUGUGAGAGAUGCAGCCACCGGAAACCUGUCAUCCCCAGACAGAGGGUUCAUGUCAUCAGACAGUAGCAUGGCUUCCCCGAUACACCAAAGACUAAACCGCAGCAGUCAGCAGCAGCCCCCACCAGCACCACACAGAACAGUUGGGACUAUAGAGGACCUUCUCCAGGCCAGUCAGUACAGUGUACCUGAUAUAGCACCCGGCCAACUCCAGGUCGACUUUCCUGAUAUUCAGGAGGAACUCAAGAAUACGCCUGCCUCCCCGGCUAUGCAGGAUGCUGUGCAGGCCAUGUUGUCUAUGGCUCUUCCAGUCAAUGUCUCCCCUCCCGCCCCUGUACGCAAAGCAAGCCUACUCAGCAAAAAGGCCAGGAAAGACCAGCCAAGAUCUGGUGAGUCCAAAGAGGAAAGAGCGAAGAAGGUUUAUGACUUUGAUGAGGAGGAUGAUGAUGCGUCCGUGGACCCCUGCUACAAGGACGACCAGUAUGUGUAUCCAGCCCUCCAAGGCUCUGAGGACGAGGCUCCUGUCUUCAAACCUCGCUCCAAGAAGCCAAAAAGGGACCCUCAAGAUGCUCCUUGGAAUCCUAAAGCCAAAGUCCUUCCGUCAGUCCCCAGACCUGAGCGUGCACCCCGGGAAGGAGUUCGCAAACCUGAGGUGGAGAGCGCGCUGGCUGACGCUGCAGCUAAGCUGGGAGAGAAGAAGCCAGCCAAGAGGAAGUACACAAAGAGGAAACUGAGUGACAGUCUGGACGACGCGCCCCCCUCCCACCCCUCCUCCCUCCUCAGUAAGUCACACAGCGCCAUUAACCAUCCUCUCAUGAAGAGUAAACUGGAAGGAGAAGGCUUGUCAGAAAGUGCGCCGGCUUCUGUACUGGCUGGCAAGAUGGCCAUGGAGAGUCCAAAAAUGAAGAGACCGAAGAAAGGCAUGGCCACAGCAAAACAAAGACUCAGCAAAAUUCUUAAACUCAACAAGGGAGGUCGGCUUAUUAUUUAACAAAACAGCUAGUAAUAUAGUUCAUACACUGAGGAAGACAUAGGCCAAAUAACUCAUAGACAAUUCAAACUCUACAGAAAUAAUAAAAUGGUGUUUCAAACUUUACCACUGGAUAUAAGAAUCUAUUGUCAGUAAAACUAGAACUGGAUAUAAGAAUUUAAUUUAUUGACAAUAAAAUUCUUAUAUCCGUGGGUGAAGCUUGAAACACUAUUUUAUUGAUAUAACCCUGGAUGAAUUAUCAUCACAAAAGUAUCUACAGAGAUAACUUCCUGACUUUUUGAGUGAAUGCCAUCACUGUUCUUCAGUUUCAAUAGAAUGAGCUAACAGAAUACUGAAGAAGAGUGAUGGGUGUCACUGGAAAUGUUUUGAAGUAUUUUCUGUAAUAUAUCCAGUAGUAGAUACGAAAAUAGUUUCAUCAGGUUGGUAAAGCUUAUGAUAUGGGGAUUUUCUUUUACACAACUCUGAAGAAGGUCUGAAACAAUGUAGAUACUCAACUGAAACAUAGGCAAGGUAAGAGACAAUACUUGUUGUGUAAAAGAAAAUCCCUACAUCCUAUCCAGUAUCAGAAUUUGAAGUUGUCUAUGAGUGUUGUUUGCCUGGAUGUCUAACCUUCAUCAACAAAGGCCAAGUACAAGUAGAUACAUGUAAGUUUGUCAUAGAUUUCCAUACAGUGCAUUACACGGAUGGAAAAUUGCAAAGACUGAAGUAUAGAAGCCUUACACUAUCCAGUUAACUCUGAAGUCUGACUUGUACAGUGACUUAGUCUAGAUACAGAAACUGUAAUUAUGUUUUCCCUAGUUUUUGUUGCAUGCCUGUAUAAUAGUCUGAUUUGAAACAAAACAAAAACCCGUAAACCCAUACAAACAUGACACAACCAUGUUCACUUGCAUGUAUAAAAGCAGAAAAAUCUACAGACUCAAUAUCCAUGUAAAAAACAUACAUUUUUGGUAGUUCUGAAAAAAUGGCCUUACUACAUGAGCAGGAAAGAUUUUUACACAGGCAGUUCUCUCACUGUAAAUUAACCACAA